GUGCAUCAGGGUUGCAGAUUAACUGCACGAGAGGGAACAAUUCCCCAGGAGAGAGGCCUUUAUGCAAGAGCAGAUGGAGCCAUUUCCACAACUAAAUUUGAAGGCCCCAGAAAGCUGGAUGCGCAUGAGAAGCUGCAAGAUGGUCCGGGUGGUUAGUGUUCUGGGUCUGGUGAUGCUCAGCGUAGCUCUGCUGAUUUUGUCCUUCAUCAGCUACGUGUCUCUGAAAAAAGACAAUAUCUUCACCACUCCCAAAUACGCCAACACGGGAGUGCCACGAAUGUACAUGUUCCACACUGGAUUUAGGUCCCAGUUUGCACUGAAGUUCCUUGACCCUUCCUUUGUACCCAAUACAAACGCCUUGAACCAUGAGUUGCAGGAUAAGGCUCCCAAAUGGACAUUCAACAGGACGGCAUUUUUGCAGCAAAGGCGAGAAAUUCUUCAGCAUGUUGACGUGAUCAAAAACUUCUCCUUGACGAAGAAUAUGGUUCGGAUUGGGCAGCUGAUGCAUUAUGAUUACUCCAGCCACAAAUAUGUCUUCUCCAUUAGCAACAGCUUCCGCUUGCUGCUUCCAGAUGUCUCUCCUAUUCAGAACAAGCACUACAAUAUUUGUGCUGUCGUCGGAAAUAGCGGCAUACUUGUGGGAAGUCAGUGCGGGCAAGAAAUAGAUAAAUAUGAUUUUGUUUUCCGUUGCAAUUUUGCCCCGACUGAGGCAUUCCAGAAGGAUGUCGGGAGGAAAACCAAUCUCACCACCUUCAACCCCAGCAUUCUGGAGAAGUACUACAACAACCUGUUGACCAUUCAAGAUCGAAAUAACUUUUUCCUAAGCCUGAAGAAGCUGGACGGCGCCAUUCUCUGGAUCCCAGCCUUUUUCUUCCAUACUUCAGCAACCAUUACAAGAACAUUGGUUGACUUCUUUAUCGAGCAUCGUGGGCAGCUAAAAGUCCAGCUGGCUUGGCCAGGAAAUAUCAUGCAACAUCUCAACAGGUAUUGGAAAAACAAGCACUUGGCACCCAAACGGCUCAGUACAGGUAUUCUCAUGUACACGCUGGCAUCUGCAAUUUGUGACGAAAUCCACCUAUACGGGUUCUGGCCUUUUGGAUUUAAUCCGAACAACCGGGAAGACCUUCCGUACCAUUACUAUGAUAAAAAAGGAACAAAGUUUACGACCAAGUGGCAAGAGUCCCACCAGCUCCCUGCCGAAUUCCAGCAACUCUUUCGAAUUCACGGCGAAGGUCUAGCAAAGCUGACUUUGUCCCAGUGUGCCUAAGGAUUUAACACUUGAAGUGCCAAAUGAUUGUCGUUGUUUUUUAAGUAAAAAAAAAAAGUGCCCAAAAUGAAUUCACCGUUUUUUCCAAAACAGAAUUCUAAGUGGAGAGAAAAAAAGAAUUUAUGGGCAGGGAUUUCCUUUGAUUCAGAGAUGCUCUGAAAGCACCCUUUGAUUGCCAUCUUUUCAAGCAUUGGAGGGUGUCUUUAGCAUAUUUAGCAAUGCAGAAGGAUUUAUUCUAUUUGUGCAGUAGGAAAGUCAAAGCUGUUUACAGCAGAAAGUUUUGCAUUUCUGGUUAUGCUGCCAAGAUGGCUCUCUUUAAAGUAUUUUCAUAGUCACGUAUUUUUCACAUUCCGCAAAAUGUCUCAAAACGUUGAAUGUUAAAACACCUGUGUUUGCUUAUUAAGAUUCUUGGCUUGUUUUCUUGGCUAACUUGCACAACUCCUCUUAGUAGCUGAAGAACAGUUUGAGGACCGCUCCUGAAUGUUCUGACCGAAUGACCAUUUGCACCAGUAUUAACUCCUUUAAGGUCAAUGGGAAUAUAUCACUGUAAGUGGCCAUUGCAUUAUUCCAAAGAUCUUUCGUUAGCAUAACAAGCCCAAUGGGGAGUGAAAUAUACUUUCCUUGCAGGCAUGCAGAGAUGGGCCUUUGGAUACCCAAGGGAUGCAUUUGACCCUUGUCACAGUCUUUUGUGGACUCCUAUUUCCCUCCCACUCAAGCUUGUCCCAACCACUAUGGCUAAGUAGAGCAGCUCUGGAGAGGGCCAGGCAGUCUCUGACUUGACCUGUGCCACUCCCAGUGUUAAACGAAACACUUCUCCCUUCACAGUGUGCUUCUCAAGUGAGAGAGACUUAGCAAAUGCCCUUUGUAAAGAAAGAGUAUGCCACCAGAAGUCUCUGUGGCAAUACAGAAACUUCUGUAGCUCCCAGUCAUAUCUCAAAGGGCAUCUGUGAAAGCAAGAAUUGCCACAACCUGUCCUAGGCCAAUUUAUUCAACCAAGGGGGCUACCGAACCAACCAACCAAGGAGGUUGCAGCCUCUCCCCAGCCAAAGGGCACAGGCAUGACUCCAUAGGAGUUCGUUCAUCAAAGAACUCAGUCUGGGACAGUCUGGCCCCUGAGGCUGAAGAUAUUGUCCGUAACUGCUCUACAGUUUUGAAUAGAUCACGAGCGCAAUGCUAAAAUGCUAGGCCGUGUUGAGACUAGUUAGAAAAGCAACAGACAAUUUUGAGUCAUUCGGUUUUUGCCAUAGUUUCUGAUGAGUUUGAAGUUCUUGGAUCAGGGAUGAGAAAGCUCUGUUGCUGUCAACAUGGUGCCCUGCCAUGUCCCAUCCUGGUCUUCACAGGGGGUACAGCGCAGUGGCAACACCUCACCUCAUGCCCCAGAGGGUCCCCAUCCCUGCUGUAAAUUGAGAGGAUUCAUGAGAGCUCCAGACUGAGGUCUCCAUCUCUCCUCGUCCAAGUAUUUGUUCUGACAUGACUAAUGGAGGAAUGCCAUUGUUUUCACACCAGGGCUGGGAAUGGGUUUUUUUGGAUUUCCCGCUAGAAAUCUACUUCACUUCUAAACGUCACUGUUGCUAUAAGCCACUGCUUUCCGGGAGUUUAAACCCCAAGCUACAUCAUGGUGUGAGUGUGUGUGUGUGUGUGUGUGUGUGUGUUGUUGGGAGUUUGAGGGUCUUCCCUAACUAUACAUUUUUGGCAUUGUCCCUUAGGGUCGAAGCAGUUACUUAACUUUCUGUUGUUUACAGUUGGUAGUUAUGUCAAAACUGGCACCUGAAGAAGUUUCAACACUGUUUGACUGCCUCUUUGCGAAGACAUUACUCCCCGGAUGUUGCAGUGUUGAAAAUUCCUUAGCUAGACUCAUUUAUUAAACAGUUUUAAAUUACCUUUUAAAAAACUGUCCCAGUUUAGUCAAGCAGCAAGGGUGUGUUUUUUGUUUGUUUAUAAAACAAACUUUAAUACAAGCAUUCAUUAAAAGUACCGUCAUAAAACAGGCACACGCACCCCCUCCUUUGUUCUCAUGCAGGAGAUAAUUCCUCUUUUAAAAGAGACAACCAUUACAACAGCAGCAAAAACGAUGGUUUUGCUUCAAAAUUAUUUUGCCCAUUUUAAGAUUUUUGCAGAUUUAAAGCAAUAGAUUGAUCAGAGUAGUCAACUAAAAUAUGUAUGAUUAAUCAAGCAUGGGUUUUUUUGGGGGGGGGGAAUGGGAUGGACCAUCUUUCAAAUCCUUCCACUUUCCAAAAUUUAAGUCUCAGAAACAAUUAAACUUGCAACGUAUACCAUAAUCCUGCAGAACUUCCUUUUUCAAAAGGAAAUAAAUAAAUAGUGAUUUCAGCUUCGCUGAGUGUGCCAUGAGCUUUGCUAAAGACUUCAAAGGAUCUGAUCUUUAAGGUCCUCUACUGAAAUAACAGCCCAUUGACAUUAAUGGUCUAUCACUGGAGCACCUUGGGGAUCAAAGCUAUUCAGCCUAUAUUUCAAUAUAAUCUUGAUUGUUUGUUUUAACCUCAAGCUUUGAUAUUAUUAAUGUAUGGUUCAAAAGCUUCAUUGGUGUUAGCUGAGCUGAUUCAGAUGGCCAUCUCCUGUCCUUAAACACAUGCUUCUUCUCUUCCCCUCCACAAAAAAUGUAUAGGAACUGAUUUGCACUUCCAUUAUUCCACCAUGAUAUUCCACUGAAGAAGACCCUGCACUUAACAUGUUUACCAGUGAUAUCAUUGACAUCAAUAACCGUUUGCCAUUGUGUGCUGUAUUGGAGGCUGAUAGUGGAAGAGCAGUGCGACAAAAAGUAGUAGCCUGAUCCUAUAUUAGAUAUAUGUGUACUUGGGGAGAGAAGAUAGGAGUUAUUAAAUGUGGGAGAUGAAAUGGAAGCCUCCUGACUUGCCAUUUUUGUAGAUGGGACCCUGAGGAUAGUAAGCUCCUAAACAGAGCCUAUCUCAUUGUGUUAGUUACCCUAGAUUGCUAAGGUUUUUGUUUUGUUUUGUUGUGGUUUUUUAAUACAUGUUAAUGUAAGAUAACCUAUAGUGGUCCAGGCAUUUGGGGACUUCCAAACUAAGUCCUAAAUUAAGCCUAGUUAUUCUAUUUGAAUUAUAAUUGUCAUCCUUGACGACAAUUCAGGGAAGGCAUUCAAUGAACGUUUGAACAGCACUGAUCUCUAAUUAUUGAUAUGUUGUUGCAUUAAUAGGGACAUAGUAAUAGGGCUUGUGUUAUCCACAGACUAAUGUGCUUUGUGAGUAUCUCUCUCUCUCUCUUUUCUCAAUUUCUAGUUGACGACGGUAAGAAAUUGCACUGACCACUUAUGUGCUCCUUAUUGUAUAGCUACUGUUGUUACCAAGUCACAAAGUUGGUCAUCAAUCCAGCUAAGAUGAAUUGCUGGGUGUAAUGGCCUGCAGCCUUUGAACCUCUUUAACAGGAGCAAUCCAUUGACCGCAGUAGAAAUCCACCCAAGAAAACAUUGUGCAGGUUAAUGCUUAUGGCUCUGUUAAAAGAGAGGAGAGAAAGAGAUCCAAGAAAGAAAACAAAUUAUUCAGACAUUAGUAAUUGGAAUUCAGAAAGGUAUUGACAACGAAAGGGUCAUAUCAUAGUCAUUGAUUUUCAUGCGGAAUUCGCCAUUGAUAUUUCAUAACCUCAUUGAAUAUUUCAGAGCCAUAGAUUCCAUCAGGGAGUCCAACUUCAAAAUCAACAGCUCAAUAUCAUCCAAAGCAAAUUACUUUUUUUUGACGUAUCAAUACUCUUGGUUUCAGGGCAGAAGUCUCUCCUUAAAGCAAAGUGUAUGAUUCACGACUAUGUAUUUCCUAUAUGCUGCUUUAAUCCUGCUUUUGAAAACUGGUGUGAUCCUACAGUUGUUGGCCAAAACUGUAAAUAGCUUUUAUUUUUCUGCUGGAAUCAGUUGAAAGGACUUCCACUGUGUUUGUCCAAAGCAACCCCAUUGCCAAGCCCAAGAGAGGCUGUUCAACAAUCGUAUAAAUGCUUGAGUACCAUCAGUCCUGGAAUGGUAUGUAACACUCAUGCAACAUAGAUUUUUAAAUGAGUUGUGAAUUCUAGGGUGACACAACUCCUUGAGUAGCAUGGCUUCUAGAGUAGUGUGGGUCCUUGACUAAGAGAUUCAAGAGAUAGAUAGACGCAGCAGAAAUGUAAAUAUAGGGCAGGACUUAAAUAAGAUGUCUAUCAAAACAAACAAACUUUAAUCCAAUUAUUCUAGGAUCUCUUUUCACCACUGUACCAAGUGAUCUGUUCUGGGCAUGAGUGUACUGGUAUGUGCACAUAGCUUUCCCACCUGGAAGGUUACGCAAUUCAUUUUAGUGGAAGGAACCAGCUGAGCCAUGUAGCUUGGCUCCCUUCAUUGAAAUUAAUGGCGGGGCACAUUCCAUGUGCACAAGAGGUCCAUGUGUGCAUCUUGGCAGACAGUAGACAUUUAGACUGGGGUGCUUGACAUCUUUGCUGUUCUUCACAGCAUCGUGCAUGAAGACCUACCUUGCAUUCACUGAAAUUAAAUGAGAAACUUGCACUGCCUGUGGUGGAAGGAAGCUCACAUCCAAACGUAUGUGUUCAAGAUGCAUGCGUAUUCCAUUGUCCACGUCUGUAACAUGCCUUCAUUCUCACCUGUAGAAGACCCGCAAUGGCAUCAAAGAGAUAUGCAUGUGCAAACACUCCGAAUGGCAGUCCCCAGUGCAUGGGGACUGUACCCCAUGCUGGUACACACUGCUGUUUACAACAUGUGUUGUUAAGCUCUUGAUUUGAUUAGGCAUCGGUAGAUAGGCCUUGGUCAAAAUAAUCAAAACUACCUGUGAGGAUCUGAUGACUGGGCUGGUGAUUGAGACACACAAUAUUUCCAGAUCUAUGUACUCUGGCUUACAUGAUCGUCCAUUGUCAAUUGGUCUAUAUAAAAUAUAGAACAGGCAUGCAGAAGGGAGAUUGAGAUCUGCUAGUAGAUCUCUGAGUGACUGGCAGUAGAUCAACAAAGAUUUCUGAUUCCCUAUUUUCGUGGACUUACGCGCAGGUGUGUACUUCUUAACAUCCAUCCAUUUACAAUGGGCCUGCACAACUUUUGAUAGAGGGAGCCAAAGGCAGACAGUUGUCCAAGCAUGGUCUAAGCAUAGGCGGUCCAAGGAAGAUGGAGGGGGGAAACUUGCCUGGAGCUACACAGCCAGGGGGAGUGGGCUCCUGAGAGACCAUAAUAUGGUGAGUAUGUUGAGUGCAGGCCCAAUCAGAUACCAACAGGUCUUCUGCUCCCAUUUCUUUCCUUUAAGCAUCCAAAAUCCCCAAAAAGCCAAGAAUAGGAAAUUUGAAUGGAGGUUGCAAGCGGAGGACAGGAUCCUGUAAAUAAGUGUGAACUACUCUAAGGAGCUUGCUGUUCCUUGCUGAGUGGCAUCAUCUUUACACAGAAAUCGCAUUUUUCAGAAAUUCUGCCAUGGUCAUCAAAACCAACCAUUUGUUCUUAAAUAGCCAUAUUAGAAAGUCUUUAUUUUUCAGGUAGCAAAUGUACACUAGAGUCAGGAUUUAAUCUCAGGUGAAAUGGUGUGGAAAGCUGCACAAUGUUUCAAAACGUUUGGCAUGGGGGAGGAAAAAACCUGGAGGUUGUCCUAGUGAAGUCAGUGGAGAUUUCACUGGUGGGGGAACCAGUCAACAAGCAAGCGCCAUUAAAUGAAUGAAGCGUUGCCCUGAUACACAACUUAAUUCAUUUUUGAUGGAGGAGUUGUUCCCAAUAGCUUGUGUAGAACUCGGUUCAGCUCCAGGAUAAUAAGUAUUAAAGAUAUAUGAAACAGGGCCACACCUCUGAGAUUGGAAUGUGAUCUGUACAAUGUAAUGUACAUGUAAAUAUUUUGUCUGACUUGUUCAUUGCCAGCUAGUUCAUCCAGCCAAAAUUAAGAUGUUUCAACCUUACCGGUUUCAGUGGGAGCAUCAGAAACCUCUGAAAUCAAAGAGGCUGAAAGGUUGGAAUCAGUUUGGUUGGAUUGUACACCUUGGUGUGUGUAUUUUCUUUUCUUUAUUGUUUCCUUGUAGAUGAAUUCUGCAUAGUUAUUGUGAUUGAAAAUUAUUGGGGGUGGGGUGCGGGAGAUUUGCAACGAUUCCUUUUGAAUAUUUCAACAACGUUAUUGUCGGGUGUGGAUGUGCCUGCCACAUUGACUCAUGUGCCAAAACAUGAUAUUGAAUGCAUUGUUUUUAAAUAAAAUGUUUUAUUGUGCACUGGAAACCCCCAGGCCUUCUCUA